UCCGACUGUCACCCGUUUGUCAUAGUGCGUAGUUGAAGAUAAACAUUGCGAAGGUUCCGUAAAUAAUAUAAUAGCAUUGGCUUUCGGAUAAUCGUGAUAUGUUGGGUUGAUAGACACCAAAAACCCCGCAUGAUAAGUGUUUUACCUUUGACCCCAACGGCCGCACGUGUUCGAGCACAUACAACAUGUCGUUAGUUUUAAUCGAAUUACAAUCCCUGUUUAAACGAUAUGUGGAGUGGGUGUCGAGCAAUCCCUCGCAACUGGCGGACGUUGAGCUGACGGCCAAGUGGCUCUCGUACUUUCUGGCCGGAAAAAUCAACAAUUCUUCCGCCGUUUCUGAGUUGGUAUAUUCGCUAUCGAAUCUGUUGGUGUUUUUCAAUGAUCGAAUAAUAGAAAAAGCUAGCCGGAAGGCGAACGACGACACCACGCAACCCGUGGAACGACACCUGAAGGUACUGCUAACGACGCUGGAGUAUUGUGAAGUGUUUAUCGAACUUUCUGCCCACAAACUUUGGGGCAGCAGAGGUCGAUGGGUUUUCAUCGCGAUCAUACAAGUCAUAAAAUGUAUAGGCCGACUUUUCCUCACGUUGUAUUGUCAAAAUACCAAAAUUAUACGCAACCCACCUAUACCUUCGCUGAACCGCAAAACUGUACAGGAAGCACAUUCGCCCGACAAUGCUUCCUUCCGUGACAAUCUUGCGGGCGAAAGCUCCGGCAUAGUACUGAAACGAUCGGGGCGCGUGAUGCGAAAGGUCAACUGUUCGCCUUCGCUAACAUCGAGAACAUGGAAACCGCCUACGAUGGGAAGCGUGCCUCCUCAACCGGCCGAAUACGGUGGAAAGUUGCUCGUAUCUGCGGAGAUGCUCUACAUCGCCAAACCCCUUAUCCACCUGGCCUGUAUGAGGAAAUUUGGAACGAAGAGUUGGGCCAGCUAUCUGCUAGCACUGGCAGUGGACAGUGCAAGCCUCCGCAUGUACUACAAGAAUCGUGUAGUGUUGUCCAAGGAACAGCGGGUGGAACUGUCGCGAAGGUGUGUAUCGAUGUUGCUGUACCUGAUGCGGUCACCGUUUUACGAUCGAUACACGCACGACAAGAUCGCGAGCUUGCUGAACGGCAUCGGCAACAACGUCCCAUUGACGGGCACGAUUGCGCGGCUUAUCCUUUCCUACAUUCCACACUGGCAGGAAACUUAUUUUUAUAUGUGGUCGACUUAAGAACAAAAACAAAAAGCUUCUCCUAGCAGGAGAAUGGCAGGUAUAGCGAUGUAACGCAAAGGUUGGUAUAUAUAUGUAUGGGGGUUGUUAUGGGUUCUGCAGUGCAGGGAUACUUUGUCACACAACAUAUUGAAUAAACGUUUUCUACCAAUUGAACUGUU